AGAGCUGCGCAGACGUGCAGCAGGAACACAAACACACAUCAGCCGACAGUCAAGAGCGCGGUUGCCUGUUCAUCCGAAUUUAACCACCUUCCCUAUCGAUCUCGUCGUCGAGUGGCUGCGAAGUCUGCAGGGGUUCGAGUUUAUCUUCAUGCUCUCGGUCAGCGGGAUCUCAUGGAUGACGGACAGUGGCAGAGCGAUGGCCCAGUGAGGCGGGGAGGAGUAACUGACCCCGAGCUCCUAAAUGACUCUGACUCUAGCUGCAGCCCGGUUGAGAACCUGAACCGACUGGUGGAGGAAGCGGAGGAGGUCGAACAAGGGCCCCGUGGUGGACAGAGGCCCCUCCGACAGGAAAACACUAACAACAAUGGUGAUGACGAAGACUAUGACAGCUCCAAGGUGGAGGAUGAAGAAGAUGAGGAGGAGGAAGAGGUGGAUAGUAGCAGUAGAGCCUACUCUCCAGAGCUGGAGGGACACAUCCGAGACUCACCAGCACCCAGCCCCAGUCCCACAGUGUCAGAGGGGCUUGUGAGUCCUGAAGGGACGCCUCACGCUGAUGCUGGAUCUCCCCAGGGCUUCGCUCGCUCCCUGCUGGCGUCUCUGCAGGAGCUGGAGGAGCAGGGAGAACACCCUCUUCUGCCACAGUGCCUCCAUCAGAUUGCAGAGUCAUAUAUGCGUGAGGAGGACUAUGAGAGAGCAGUCAGGUUCAUACAGUUAGAGAGACUCUAUCAUGAGCGUCUGCUGUCCAACCUCAACGCCCUACAGCAGCAGUGGGAGAGAAGAUGGAGUUUGGUAGGCCAGUGUCAGGACGGUCCAGAAGACAGAGAGACUGAGCUGGAUGCUGAACACCUGGAGAAACUGAGACACAUCUGCAGAACACACAGACAACCUGCAUGGAGCGCUGAUAAGUGCGAGCUGUCCAAAGUGCAAAGGAACAGUGUGAUCAGAGAAACACAGGGAGGAGAGCAACACCUCAACACGCAAGAGCUUUCCUACAGCUCAGGGAAGGUUAUGGAGGAUCGGAGUACAUCUGAGGCACAACAGGAAGUCAUCCAGCAUGAAGAUUGUAGCAGCACCGCCCCACAAUCCAACCAGAGUGAACAGCAGCAUGACCCCUCCUCCUCCUCCUCCUCCUCCUCCUCCUCGGCUGUGACGGACAGCUCCUCCUCUCCAGCCUGUGAGGAUGCAGGAGCAGAAGAAGAGAGUGUAAGCAUGGAAGCUUCCCACAGGGAUGCAACACCAAUGGACACUGCUCUACCAGGCAACAUGGAGGCCCAGCCCGUGACGGAGGAAACGGGGGACACUGUGGAUACGGGGCAGGAUAUGGUGGAGUCCGUCCAACACACUAAGCAGGAAGAUGGAGGGGAGGAAGAGGAGGCUUUGAUGCUGGAGGAAGGAGGAGCAGAUCAGCUGCCUCUGGAGCGGGAAACUCCUGAGAAAACUGCAGAGUUGGAUCUAGAGGAGAAUGGGAACGGGGUGGAGUCGCUUGAUAUUAUGAAUGUGUCCAUGCUGGAUGACUUGGCCAAACGCAUACAGGUGGAAGAGAUCACUCCAGCUGCUGGUCUUGUGUCGAUCUUGAAGAGAAGAGCCUCUCUGGAAGGAGCCACCAGCUCUGUCCCUGCCGCCCCUAAACCCAUUUCGAAGCGUAAGGUCCGUUUCCGAGAGCCUGACGAGGGCCUGGACCACGAUGAGGUGGGCGGAGACUCCUGGCUGCUCCUCCUUUUGUUGUGCUUGGCUACCGUGGUGAUCAGUGUGGGCGGGACUGCGCUCUACUGCACUUUCGGAGACGCCCAAUCCAGUGUGUGCACAGACUUUUUCCAUAACAUGGAUUUCUACAUCGGACGAGUGCAGAGAGGCAUGGAUGAGCUCAAACACUGGCUGUCCCCGAGCUCAUAGCAGGACGGGGCGACUCGUUUCUUCUUCUCUGUAGCCUCCGUGAUCUUUAAUGCUGAGAUAUCCUGGUACGUAGGCCUUUGCUGGGUCACGCUGUCACGGAUGAAGCCCAAUCGAGGCGAUGUCCGGCCCCUGGAAGGCACAGGAAACCACUUUGGCCAGUUUUUGACUCAAGUAGCCCACUGUUUACUGCCAUCAACUGAACCUCAUGUGAAAAGACUUCAUUUCUAGUGUCUUAAAUCAAAACCUUAACACUUGGUUGACAGAGUUUUGUCUUUUAUUCAUUGGAAAAGUGAAUUACCAUCAUGGUACUUAAGAUAUAAUAAUGGACAUAAUCAUCUGUAGCCUGGACGUAGCAUUUUCCUGUGAUGGGCUUGAAUGGACUUAUGGAAAGAUGUUUUUAGGUACAGGAAAGCAAUACAUGUAUAUUGAGGAAUUACAGAUAUAGAUAUAGUUAUAGAUAGAUAUAAAGUCAGCAAAGAGGCAAAUCUCGGUUAUCAUAGUUACUCAAUUAUUAAUCUAGGGGGGGAAAUAAUUUUCCAGUAGAUUCUACAAUAUUUUGAUCAUUAAUAAAAAGUUAAAUCACUGAAGAUGAUCAAUAUAUUUUAUUUCAAACAGUUGAGCCGGUCAUAUACCAUCCAUCAAACUGAAUUUCCUUUGUAUGUUAUAAUUAUUAUUAUUUUAUGUAAUUAUUAUUACUGAAUGAUUUGUAUUUAUGCGUAAUUUAUUCGGUGUGCUGGUUGAAAUAAAUUAUGAUAAAAUCAUAACUAGUAAAUAUUAAAUUUUAAAUUAUAUAUAUAUAUAUAUAUAUAUAUAUAUAUAUGUUAUAGUUAUGGUUAUUGAAUUAUAAGUGUAUUUCAUAUUUUAUAUAAAAAUAUAUUUGAUCAUAUUUUAUAUAAAUUGCACACAAUUUAUUAUUAUAUAUAUAUGUGUGUGUGUUUUAUGGGGUAAAACAGCCAAAUCUAUUAAAUAUGUCACUUUCCACAUAGAAAUGAAUUGGCAACUAUGCUAACCAGGAUUUGUUUUCUCCGGGUUAAACCAGGCCUCCAGUAUAUAACCGUAUUUAGCAAUGGGAAGCUUUUAAGAUGAAACUGGUACUAGAACGAGAAUGUCAUAUGAUUUUGAUAUCAUUUGCUCAGGCAUGUCUCUUAACAGUUAUUGCAAUCAUGAUGUUUAAAUCCAUUUUCUUUUUUUUCUAAACCAUGACCUGUGUUAUUUCUUCUUUGGUUAUUGUUAUCAGUGCACCCUGUGUUUAUUCUACCGAAUCUGUGUCUUGAACUUCUUUUAUGUUUCCUUCUGAAGCACAGUCUUACUAUGGUAAUGUCAACAUAAGUCUGCAGUAAAUGAAGUUAAAUUAAUGUGUAGAUUUAACACAUAGAUGUCAGUUUGCUGUGUUCUGCUCAAGUGCAUGAACGUACUUGGCGAGAACUGUACAAGUUUAUUGUUUUUUAUUUGCAUGUUGUCUGGCUGGUUCAGAUGACUGUUGAAUGUCUUUAUUGUGUGAGUUUUCAGUAUUUAUUUAAUGCAAAGCCAGGUCUUUUAGAAUCACACGUUCUGGUGCAUGCACUCUUUUACUGUCUGUACAGAGACAAUUUGAGACUUUGCAACUUAUAUUUGUUUUACUUCCUUUUGAUUUUGUGUAUAUAUCAUGUGAUGGUUGUUGUAUUUCUUAAUUGUAUGGUUCAAAUCUGUUUAGUUAUUGUCUCGGGGUGGAAUUUCAAAAGAGGAGAUCUCUUUUGACCAAAAAUGCCUCGUGAAUAAAUCUUAUUGUUGAGAUUGA